GGUGGCUCCCAAUCACCAAAUGAAGGCGGCACCCAGUCACCAAAUGAAGGCGGCACCCAGUCACCAAAUGCAAGCGGCCCCCAGUCACCAAAAGAAGGCGACACCCAGUCACCAAAUGAAAGCGGCACCCAGUCACCAAAAGAAGGCGGCACCCGGUCACCAAACGAAGGCGGCACCCAGUCACCAAAUGAAAGCGGCACCCAGUCACCAAAUGAAGGCGGCACCCAGUCACCAAAUGAAGGCGGCACCCAGUCACCAAAUGAAAGCGGCACCCAGUCACCAAAUGAAGGCGGCACCCAGUCACCAAAUGAAAGCGGCACCCAGUCACCAAAUGAAGGCGGCACCCAGUCACCAAAUGAAGGCGGCACCCAGUCACCAAAUGAAAGCGGCACCCAGUCACCAAAUGAAGGCGGCACCCAGUCACCAAAUGAAAGCGGCAUCCAGUCACCAAAUGAAGGCGGCACCCAGUCACCAAAUGAAGGCGGCACCCAGUCACCAAAUGAAAGCGGCAUCCAGUCACCAAAUGAAGGCGGCAACCAGUCACCAAAUGAAGGCGGCACCCAGUAACCAAAUGAAGGCGGCCAGCAACCACCAAAUGGU